AUAGUAACAUUUUUUCUUGGCUUAUAGCAUUGAAGUGCGUGGAAGGACUUGAUUAUCUCACAUUUAUUACACAUUAUCCGUCAAUUUGAAAGUGUUAUAGACCUGCACUGCUUUAUGGCCGAUCACGUGCAAUAAUGUCAUAGACCUGCAAAAAUGUCAUAGACCUGCACUGCUUUAUGGCCGAUCACAUGCAAUAAUGUCAUAGACCUGCACUGCUUUAUGGCCGAUCACAUGCAAUAAUGUCAUAGACCUGCACUGCUUUAUGGCCGAUCACAUGCAAUAAUGUCAUAGACUGUACUUCUCUGCUUUGUGUAUCCAAUCCACUUGGAUGACUGCCUGGUCGUGUGAUUUAUGCGCUGGAUUGUCGUUUGGACUUACCUAUAGUCCCGGGUUCAAACCCUGCCCGCCCCCAUCCUUCGUCGUCCUGUGGGAGGUUUGGACUAGGAAGUAAAAUAUCUUCAAUUUGAAGGAACAUCCGAAAUAUGUCAAAAAAGCAAAACAAAUUCGCUAUAGUAAAUAUCUGAAAGACUGCUUGAUUGUUUUCGCAGUUUUCAGGUCGUUAACAUUUCAAAAUGAACUCUUCACUAAGAAGUGUAAUGCCCAGUAAAAAGACAUCCUAUAAAGCCCGAAUGAGAAGCUUCAAUCUUUUAUCCAAUGGCAGAAGAGGUCAAAGAAAGUUGUUUGAAACUUUGGCUAUACUUGGGUUUCGAUAUUGGUCUAGUAAAUCAGAGAUUGUUUGUGACUUUUGUGGUAUAAGAGAGGACAUAGAAAAGUUAACUUCCGGAAACCUUAUUUCUCAUGGAUGCAUUGAACGUAAAGAUGGCGUCUUAAAAUAUAAAGAAAGAGAUAAAGUUGAGAAUCACAUGGACAGUGAAGUAGAAUUCACUCCAAGAGAUAAUGACUUAUCUGAAUUAAAGCACGAACAUAGAGAUGCCUGUAUUCAAGGUGUAAGUCACUUGGACAGUGCUAACAAUAAGUCAGAAGUGAGAGAAAGUACUGAGACAAAUGUUUUCCGAGAUGUGAAAUCUUCAUUAAAUCAAGUAAAACAUACCGAUGACGUUGAUGGUUUUGCUUGUGAACAAACGAUUUUGAUAGAUGAAGAAUGUAAAGCGGUUGAUGAAAAUGAUCAAAUAGAAUCGGUUGAAAAUGAACAAACACUUCUAACUUUUGAUCAUGAACAAAUUAAAAAAUGGUUAAGCCAGUGGAACUUUUCAGACACAAACAUUUCGUUAAGUGGGUCAAAGGAGAGCUCUUCUGACGAGGAAAUUCAACUCUCUAGCAGCACAACAAACAACAGAACUAGUGAUAGCGACAAUAAGAGAGAGACGCAAAUCACAGACCAACCCGAUAAUGGAACUUCAACAGAAUUGAUGUCUAAUUCUGACUCUAGAAAACAGGUGGAAAGUUCUUUAUCUGAAAUUACAUGCACGGGAGAAAAUCAAUCUCUGAAUUCUAACAAUGGUGAAGAUAUUGGAGUGAAGAGCGCACUUCCAAACAGAGAACUACCAAGAUAUCUUUCUAAGAACAUGUUCACCACAGAAGACCAAAGGACGAAACAACGUAAACGUAUUGAUGUCAAUCAAUUAUAUGAACUCCUCAAUGUGGUGCAGAAAGAGAACGAGUGUCUAAUACUUUUCAUGAAAUGUAAACAAUGCAAAGAGAGACCACUACAACAGCUGUUUCUACCCUGUAAACAUGUGUUUGCUUGCAGGGAAUGUGCUGCUAAAAUUGACCAGUGUCCAUCCUGUGGUAAAAAAAUACUGGCCACCAUCAAUAUUUAUUUCGCAUAAAAUUAAGAAUGGCCCAAAUGAACAAAACAUAAUGCUUAAUUAAAGCAUGCGAUUCAAAUAGGAAUUGAAAGAAUAGGCGGUGAGGUAGAGACAGUUAAAUGGGAAUGUCAAUAGUGAUUUGUCUAAUAGUAAGAGACUGACUGACAGACAGCUGACACGCUAUGCACAACUAAAAGCUUAUUUCAAUUCACUUUUUAUCUGUCUGGUAAACAUUUGAAACGUGUUAUUUCUUCCACACCCAUUUGUGACGAUACGAAACUUGCAUGCAAGAGUUCAUUUGAGUUUUUCCCAGCUAACCGUGAGAAACUUUUUAUUUUUAACCGUAAAAUUAAUUUCUUGUCCACCCAUAACUAAUUUAUUUUAGAAUUUAUCUCCCCUUUGCACUGUUUCUCAUGAGACGAAGCUUAACUUAAAACAUUAACUAGCCUCUCUAGGGCUAAGUUUUAAUUUUUGACCGCUGUACAGGUGACCAGCACACAAUAGUCGCGGCACCAGCGCUACACGCAGCGGCCUAAUAACUUUUCACACCUAUUUCUCCCCCUCCCUCCCCCGCAGGAUACGCACCGCUCUAAGAAUAGCAUUGCACUCGGGCUGGACAGAUACAUAUUCGCUUAAUUUUCUUACUCUCACGGUAGGCAACGAAUAUUGACCAUAAAUCUGACCUGACGCCUGACAUCUCCUGUACAUAGAUACAUGUGAGAAAAUCACCUAGAUUUCUUCUCCACCCGUUAAACAAAAUGCCCCAACUGUAUAUAAAGAGGGACCCAAGCAUUCUAAGUUAGGCCCACUAGAAUUCUUACAGUGUCCUGUGUUAGGGAGUUUAUUUUGUGAGGUCUCAUUAGGGACAAACGGCCUAAUUGCUACACCCGAUUGCUGUACCCGAUUGCUGCUUGCCGUUGUUAUAACUACCAGAUCUCCACUUAAAGCUGUAACCAAAGCUGACCACACCAGAUACUCCCCCCCCCCCUCCAUUAGAUACCUGUCAGCAAGAAGGCAUUGCCUACUGUCCUUGGCCAUAAAAUAUUUCCCAGUGUCCACAGUGCCCUAUACUACCCAGUAUCAUCUGCCCAGUACCCGGCCUAAACUGUCCACUGCCCAAUAGCUAUUGCCUAACGCUAUCCGCUUAGAGCAACCUUCGCUGCAGAAGAUAAACUGGUGUGAGUCAGAACGGCCAUCUACAAGCUAGAAACCACAGCUGAGAGGUCCAUCCCACUACAACUUUGUCUGCAGCACCAACCCUCUCUACUGCUAAACAGGCAGCGGCCUCAACAUAGAGCCGGCUUGCCUACAGCAUAGAGAAUAUCCCAAGCCGACGUCCUAAGACAAAGCCGGAUGACUCAUCCUUCUGAGUGCCAGUCCUUCGACCGCAAGAAGAAUUCCCACGGGCUAGCAGCUAAGAAUAUAAGUAGUCAAAGGCAUAGGAACACUCUUCUCUUCCAUUCACGCCUAAAGUAGCAAUCCAUGAUGAACAGCUAUGUUAGAUAUUAGCACCUUCAUUUCAUUUCUUGAUUGUAAUUUUAUUUGAUCAUUUAUCUUUUGUAAACUUUCAUUUAUUAAAUUAUUUUUAUUCAUAAACUUACAACAUUGGUUUGUUCUUACUGUUAGUUGCGGUGUGCCUGUACAAAAUCUUAUAUAUGUGAGCGGGAUAAAUUAAUAAAAUUUCCCCUAGAUUUAAAUAAACAAGCCACAAAUGAACUAAUUAAACAUCUCGUUACACCAGUCUCGGAUCAAAUGGAAACUUUACGCAAUUAUUCAUUGUACCUAACAAAACAUGAAUGAAUACAAAUUAAAAAUGAACCAAGUAGUUCAUUAAUUAUAAACAAAUAAUUAAUUUGUUUGAUUUCGAAAUAAAAAAGAAUAUACAUUCUACUUAAUUGAGAGAUAUACUUGUAAAUGUGAAGUUCUUCCUCUUGUAUAACCCUUUUUAAAUGUAAUUUUUUAUACUAUGCUUGUUUUCUCUUUGGCGUAAGCUAAAAAUUGAAACUUUAGCGCUCACAUUAUCCUUUUCUUGUCUCAGUCAGUGACAUGUCCCGAUCACGACCUGCCAGCCAUUGUUUUAAAAUAUGCAUUCUUGACACAGUUAAAAUUAUUAAAAACUUUUUUUUAGCGGUAAGUGUGAGAGAAUGAAUAACUAUGAUACAGUACAAUGAAGAAUGCAAAAUGCAAAGUUGUUUUCAUUGCAAGAUUAAACAUGUAAAGUGUUUUAAUAAAAAAAAAAUAGAGACAUUAGAAAGAGAAUGUGGGAAGAAAGUACAACCACCUUAGAAAUGAUCACAAAACAAAAGUUGAUACAUGGAUCUGUUCGAAUCUCAGCAAAGUCUAAAUGAAGUUUUCAAAGAUCUUUAGGAUAUGCUUAAGUCCCACCACUUAUAAAAGGUAACUUACAUCAGUUUGAGAUUGUAAAGGCGUUUGGUCGUUGUGCUGACUGUCAGGUGGGGUUUCCGUUAGUUGCUCUAGGGGUAGACAUAAGUUCAGUGCUUUUACGGGUUCCCCCCCCCCCCACACACACACCGCAACAGUGUAAACCAAAGCAAAGAGUGCUAGCAUAUAAACUACGAAAAAAUUAACAACGAAUAAAUGUCAUCGAACUGAAACAUUAUCGAGUAAACAACAACUGUUCAAAAUGAACAAUAUUAAAUAAUACAUAAUUGUAAAUUAACAAGAUAUUUCCAAGUGUAUCAAUCUCAUGGUGGUUAACAUUAACAUUAAUAAUUGUUCAAAUAUCAAACCAAUAACACACCUUCCACACGCAUUUUUUUUUCCUUUUUUUUGUGUGUUUUUUUUUAACCGAGGAAGAAUUCGCAAGCUGAAAAGAAGAAUUUAAACAAUUCCUUAUCAUAGUUUAUAAAAAUUGUAUUGACAUUAACACAGACGCAAUUUUGUCUAGCCACUAAAAGACUAAUAGUGGUGGGAAAAAAGAUAACUAUUGGACUGACAUUGCAAACACUUUUAACUUGUAGGUGAGCAGUGGAAGUGUACAGUUUGAGAGGGAAUAUUUAGUAAGGAUAGGGCAAGGAGGAGACUGAAGAUGGAGAGAGAGAUACAGAGAGGGGGAGAGAGAGAUACAGAGAGAGGGGAGAGAGAGGGAGAGAGAGAGAGAGGGGGGAGAGUGAGAGAGAGAGAGGGAGAGAGAAAGAGGGAGAGGGAGAGAGAGGAUGAUAGAGAGAGGGGAGGGAGAGAGGGAGAGAGAGGAUGAGAGAGAGAGAGGGGGAGAGAGGGAGAGAGAGGGGAGAGAGGGGGAGAGAGAGGGGAGGGAAAUAGAGGGUGAGAAAGAGGAUGAGAGAGAGAGGUGGAGGGAGAGAGGGAGAGAGGGGGGAGAGAGAGGGAGAGAGAGGGGUAGAGAGAGAGGGAGAGAAAGAGGGAGAGAGAGGGGAGAGAGAGGGGAGAGAGAGAGGGAAAUAGAGGAAGAGAGAGGGGGAGAGAGAGAAGGAGAGAGAGAGGGAGAGAGAGGGGAGGGAAAUAGAGGGGGAGAGAGAGGGAGACAGAGAGCGAGGGAGAGAGAGAGAGGGAGAGAGAGAGGGAGAGAGAUUGGGAGGGAGAGAGAGAAAGGGAGACAGAGAGAGAGGGAGAGAGAGAAGAAGAGAGGGAGACAUAGAGAGAGGGAGAGAGAGUGGGAGAGAGAUUGGGAGGGAGAGAGAGAAAGGGAGACAGAGAGAGAGGGAGAGAGAGAGAGGGUGGGGAGAUAGAGGGAGAGAGAAAGGGGGGAGAGAGAGAGAAUAAAAAGAAAACAGAGAAGAAGUGAUGUAAUGUGCGAAUUGCUGUGAUUUUAUAUUAAUACUUUUAUUUGUCAACUGUUGUGACAUAAUGGGGAAAUAACUAUUUUUGAUUAAUUGUAAAGACAGGAGUGAUUCCCCUUAAGAAGCUUAUAUGUUUAGUUACCAGCUUGACCACUUGAACUGUGUUGUGUGCUGUAUAUAAUUUUUGUUCUGUUAGUUAUUGGUCGUGUGACUUGGGGUACCUGGGAGAAGUGUGUCUUGGGAUACCCGGGAGAAGUGUGCCCUGCUCUGGAAAUCUUUAAUAUAUCUUUAAUCAUUAUUGUAUUUUAUAUAAUGUAUUAAAUGCUAUUAAUUAGUAGGUAUAGCCUCAAAUGAUUUCCAGGCAGUAUGUUUUACCCUGAUGUUCUGCAUCCUGGGGUACUCCCAAACAUGACAUUUUUAUAGCCUUGACUCAGAGGGAUUCAACUCUGUAUUGAAUAAUCAAAUGGGCUUUACCGAACAGAUGACUAUAAGUGGGAUUCCAUGUAGCUUAUAAGUUUUCUUGAAGCUAUAAUUCAUCAUGGCCCUUUGGCUAAAGGUGGCUGUUUCGGCCUAAACUCUAUGACCCCAGAGUGGUCAAAAGUGGCCGUGUGUUGACCUGAGGUCUGUGACCUUCAUUUUUGUUUACACUGAUGUGUGAUUUCCAGAAUGUGACGAUAGUGUACAUAUUAUGUGUAACUUUAUUUAACAUGGUGUUGAGAAGGCAAUGUGAGUUGACGGCCAGUUUAAUUUGCACAUUUAUUUGACUUGUUUUUUGUAAAUAAACUUUUUGUAUAUAUGUUUA